UAUUUUUAAAAGAUGUAAACAACAGCUGGCGAGUAAUCGAUGACACCUGCCACGUUAUCGAAAUCGCCGUGUUACCUAAACGAACAUGUCGAAGCUUUUGCCCAAAAUCCGAUCCUCCUCCAGCCUGAUCCUGCUGGCCAAGGACCAAGCAGCGAAAGCCAAAUCAUUUGACUACAAUGCCCUGCUCCUUACGCGAACGCAAAAGUCCAGUUUCAUGCCGGAAUCCUCGGUGUUUCCGGGAGGAGUUUGCGAUGCCACGGACAGUUCACCCGCCUGGUUGGACCACUUCAGAAGAAACGAAAUAAGUGCCGCCAAGCUGCAAACUGUGGGCCACGUGAAAGGACCACGUCCGGAGAUUUUCCAAGCCAAGGGAGAUAAGAAAACGAUAGAUCCAUCCCUAGCCCUGCGUUUAACUGCCCUUCGGGAGACGUUUGAGGAGCUGGGAAUCCUGCUGUGCAGGGACAGCAAGUCAUUGACCUCCACCAGCGGCUAUGGAAAGUUCUACGAUCAAUUUGAUCGUGUCCAUUGGCAGCACAUUGUCCACAACGACGCCAGCCAGUUCCUGGAGCUCUGUAAGCAGCUGGAUGUGCUCCCGGACGUUUGGUCUCUCCACGAGUGGUCCGCCUGGCGCACGCCAUCCACCUUCAAAAAUAAGCGGUUUGAGACGGCCUUUUUUUUUACCGCUCUGGAAGAGGAGCCCAGCGUUCAGAUCGAACCCAACGAGGUCAAGGAUUGUGCGUGGCGUUCCCCAUUAGAUUAUCUUCAAGCGUGCCUGAGAAAGGAACUUUGGUUGCCGCCUCCCCAAUUCCAUGAGCUAUCUCGAUGUCUCAAUUUCUCCACCUUAGAGAGUCUGCGUCAAUUUGCUGCCGAGCGUGAGCCCAAGGGCAUUGAGCUGAUCCAACCAGUGUUAUACCAGUGCAAAAAUGGAAUUGUACAGCUAAUGCCAGGAGACGAGGCAUAUCCCGCCGAUCCGGAUGCUACUAACGAAAAAAUAGAGACUGGUCUGACAGUGGAGGAAUUUCGUUCUCAGGCCAAUGGCAAACUGCAUCGGUCUGAGCACUGGAAUCAGCAUCAGUCACAGAUUCUGAUUAACUUUGACCGGGAUGAUGGUCAAGUGAAUCCCGUUGACCCUUCCAAGUUAUAA